GUCAGGUCUGCUACACAGCGGAGGCUCGGGGAUCCGCCGCCUCGCCGCUCGAGCGCCGCUGCUUUCAUCGGAGUGGCGUGCUCCCCAUCUGGGAUUGCCUUUUCCUUCUUUGUCUUUCCACUGCCUUCUAUCAGCGCGCUUCGUUUUCGGCUUCCCUGUCGCCAUGGGCAAGCGGGAGGAGGAGGAGAUUAUUAGAAUCGCCAAGAAAAUGGACAAAAUGGCGCAGAAGAAAAACGGGUCUGGUGCUCUGGACCUGCUCAAGGAGCUACGCAGCGUCCCGAUGACCCUGGAACUACUUCAGUCGACCAGAAUUGGAAUGUCCGUCAACGCCAUCCGAAAGCAGAGUACCGAUGAGGAGGUGACAUCCCUUGCCAAGUCUUUGAUUAAAUCAUGGAAGAAGCUUUUGGAUGAGCCUGCCAGUGGAGACAAGUCUUCAGACGACAAAAGGAAAGAUACGGGCCCCGUAUCUCCCUCGCAGGGAAGUCCGGAGGCAAAGGAAGAAAGCAGCUCCAGCAGUAACUCCAGCGGCAAGAGCGAGCAUGCCGACGUCUCCAGCAAUUCGUUAAUCAACACCUUCCCUCGUGCUCCCGGCACCGCUGACUCCAUACGGAUCAAGUGCCGAGAAAUGCUGUCCAACGCUCUCCAGGCUGGAGACGACUACAUCGCCAUCGGUGCCGACUGCGAUGAGCUUGGGGCGCAGAUUGAGGAAUGCAUAUUCCAAGAGUUUAAGAACACGGACAUGAAGUACAAGAAUCGCGUGCGCAGCCGAAUCUCCAACCUUAAGGACAUGAAGAAUCCCAAUUUGAGGAGGACGGUGCUGUGCGGAAGCGUCACCCCCGAGCGCAUGGCCAAGAUGACCGCAGAGGAAAUGGCCAGUGACGAGCUGAAAGAAAUGAGGAAGAACUUGACCAAAGAGGCAGUCAGAGACCACCAGAUGGCCACCACGGGGGGCACGCAGACGGAUCUCUUCACCUGUGGCAAAUGCAAAGGCAAAUGCUGCACCUACACACAGGUUCAAACUCGCAGUGCGGAUGAGCCCAUGACCACGUUUGUCUUCUGCAAUCAGUGCGGAAAUAGAUGGAAGUUCUGUUGAGUGUGCAGGCAUCUUCCUUUGGCGCUUGGCUGAGUAGCAAAAUUCCCGGACCAGAUCAUGUCAAUGGGCCGCAAAUUGGAGCGUUUAAUAUUUUUUUUUCUUUUCCUUUUUUUAUCAUGUGGUGUACAGACGGUACACCAAACACUGUGUAAAGAAUGCCACUUGGCUUUGGAAUGGACUAAACUCUUCUGUUCAUAGUUUGAGCUAAUUGUAAGCCCUACCCUCUCUGCCUCCCAGCACCGUCAAAAGGCAAUCUUUUACUAUUGUGAAUAGUCAUUUCCCCACUUAGAUGUAUGCAAUCAAGCUUGACUCGUUCUUUUAUCAGCAUUUUUUUUUAUAUAUGUAGAUUUAACACGCUGGACAGUGUUGUUAUGCUUUCCCUCCACAACAACACUGCAUUGUUUAUUUAAUUUCCCAAUAAAGUGUAGUCCAUUUGAUUAUAAAACAAACAACCUAUGGUUUGAUGACAAUUUUGAUGAAUUCAAGUGCAUCACAUGAAACUGAAUCCGGAUUAUAUUGAGCAAUUAUGAAUACAAUUGUGCCUUAAAAUA